CAGUUCAAUCGCGACGUGUCAGGAACGCAUUCUCUGAAUGGCCGAACUAUAGUACCCAUACUCAAAAAGAAUAGUGACUUUAGUAGUAAGUAAACAAGCCUUAUUAGAUCUAGAUUUGAUAUUUUAGAUAUAUAGUAUUAAGUGCUCCCUUGUAUUCUUAUCUUUUUAUCUUCAAGGUUUGAUCCUUUGGACUUUAGUUGUUUAGGUUAAGAAAAAAAAAAAAAAUCUCUGCUGUAUAAUGUGCACACUGGUCUCAGUUUUCUGUUCAUAAACACUAUGAAGUUUUCGCCACAUCUCCGCAGAACUCGUACAAGUAAUAAUAUUUGGAAUUACGCUGCUGUUAUCAGCAACGAAGAAAGAGCAGUUGAAGCUGCUCGUUCUUGGUUGUUGCUACCUAAUAGGGUUGCUCGCUGUCCGAACUGCAGGCAAAUGAUGAAUGUAGAACAGCGCUCCGAUUACAAAAUCAAUUUUAGAUGGAGAUGUCGCCGGCAGGGCUGCAACAAAACAGUGUCGCCAACAAGUAACACUUUUUUUGAUAAGUCUAAAGUCUCAGUGCUCAGUACACUGAGACUAAUUUUACAUUUCUUUAGAAAUGAUAAGGUUUCGCAGGCGGCUAGGGAUGUGGGUGUAUCUCGCAAAACUGCUGUACAAGUAUACCACUACUUGCGAGAAGUGUGUGAGGUGGCGGAGGCUCAUGACCGUCAAAUGUUAGGCGGUUCUAAUGACGUUGUAGAAGUCGAUGAGACCCAUUUAUAUUCAAAUAAGUACCACAGAGGUCGACUUUUACAACGUCAAACAUGGGCGUUUGGAUGCAUCAGCCGCCUAACAAAAAAAAUUCACGUCGAGCUAAUUCCCGACAAAACUCGCCAAACACUUGAUCCCAUAGUGGUAGCAAAUGUACGACCAGGGACAUUCAUUAUGUCGGAUAUGCACAGGGCUUAUCGAGGAAUCGACUUACGGCUCAAUAUGGGUGGCCAUUAUGUGGUUAACCACAGCACAAAUUUUGUUGCCGGCACUGUUGACAUUCCAGUUCAUCCUAGUUUAGGGGAACCAGUCGCUACUGGCGCUCCUAAUGUGAACGUAAAAAUUCACACGAAUACAAUAGAGCGCCAGUGGCUAGAACUGAAACGCCAUUGCCGCACCUGCAGGAGCCAACGGCGUUUAAAAUGGUACAUGGGCGAGUUCAUGUACCGCAAAAAUAUUUUGCGAAAUCUUAAUUCGGAUGCCGCCCGGUUUCGUCGAUUUAUACGGGAUAUUCACCGCGUCGAUCCUGUCGCUAGCAAGUCCCCAAGCCCUGAGCUCCUUCGCUCGCUCUUGCAAAGCCCCUAAAAUCUCCUGUACAUAUUGCAUUUUGUAACAUUCAUCCAUUCCAUCCAUUCGCACCUUCGACAUCGUUUUUACGACAAACGGUUGGUCGGAGACAAAAAUCACCCAGAUGCUUUUCGCCAUCGUUUUUACGACAAACGGUUGGUCGGAGACAAAAAUCACCCAGAUGCUUUUCGCCUUAUUUUUAGGUGUUCUAUACGAUAGAAUCGAGAAAACAACGAUUUGAGAGAAAUAAAAAAAAAUGUUUUUUAUUAUCCAAGUCCCUGGUGCCUUUAUAAUGGAAUCCCUUCGACAUCGUUUUUACGACAAACGGUUGGUCGGAGACAAAAAUCACCCAGAUGCUUUUCGCCUUAUUUUUUGGUGUUCUAUACGAUAGAAUCGAGAAAAUAAACAAAAUAAAAAAAAAAAAAAAAAUUUGCAAAAAAUUUCUGUCUUUUUUCCUCAGUGUCCCGUUACGUACA